AUGAGACGCAAAUGGAAAACUCGUGUUUCGCUCACACCGAUAUCAAUUGACAGCAACACGCACCAAUUUGAGAACGGUAGACGGUUUCAUGGCUACCGAGGUGGUGCCUACAUGUAUCCAAAUGAUGAGGUUUGUACAAUUUCCCCCCUUCAAGCAUUAUUGUAUGACUUUCUCCGUUCACAAAAUGUUAAGGGGUCUGUGAGUUCGGUGCUAACGUCUUCAAAGAAAGAGCAAGACCGCCUUGAUAUCUACCACAAGAUGUUUCUCGUCGCACGACAGGAGGAGCUUCACCGUGCCCCGAUCACGAGAAAUUAUUCCCCACCCAGAAUCCUAGAUCUCGGUACCGGGACCGGUAUUUGGGCGAUUGAUAUGGCGGAGUAAGUUCCCCUCGCGUUCCCACUGCAACGAUGGUUACUGAUUUAUCGAAUAGUAAAUAUCCUGACGCAGAGGUAGGAACGAUCCCUUUGGCUAUCCCAUGGUCAACUCCUAACGCUUGGCUUGCGACAGGUCAUCGGCAUCGAUUUAUCACUGAUACAACCGAAAUGGUAAGUGAAUAGAAUCCAAUCACAGGACGAGCUAUCCCGCUGAUAUAACGUUGCCUAGGAUACCGCGUAACCUCCGAUUUCAAAUUAGCGAUUUUGAGAGUGAAUGGACACUGGGGAAAGACUCUUUUGACUUGAUUCAUCUUCGGGCUGGCUGUGGGAGUGUCUCUAGUUGGCCUACGCUUUUCCGUCGAGCGUUUGAGUUCGUCCCCACGCUGACCCAAGAUGCGCAGUCCCAAAGCUAACGAAUGUUGCAUUUUAGACAUCUCAAGCCCGGUUAUGGUUGGAUUGAAUAUAUAGAUAUCGAUAUUCAGGCCCGUAGUGAUGAUGGCACACUUACCACCACCCAUGCUUUGUAUCAGUGGCAGCAAUACUUGCUUGAAACCACAGAGCGUGCGGGCAAGCCGUUGAGAUAUGAAGCACGAACUGGCCAAUUGCUUAGGGAAGCGGGUUUUGUGGACGUCCAGGAGGUGGUGCUGAAGCUUCCACUGAGCCCUUGGCCGUCAGAUCCAUAUCUCAAAGAUUGCGGACGCUGGUACAAUCUUGGGCUCUCGGAGGCCCUUGAGGGCUAUACAUUAGCGCCUAUGACAAGGGUUGGAGGGUGGUCGGUCGACGAUGUGAAGAAUCUACUUGGGCCAGUGCAGAAAGACAUCAACAACCGACAGAUACACGCGUAUAGCGAUAUGUAUGUGGUCACUCUCUGUGGAUUGCCUUUUGAGGGCUCACUAACGCCUAUCUCCUAGGCACAUCUGGAUAGCUCGAAGGCCGGACUGGGGCGUCGAGGAUAAGAAAAUUUCCGGCAUGAAGCGAGCGGUAACGAAAUAGCGAUCUUCAUCUCUCGUUUUCAGUUCUCUAAACCGGAGUUUCUGAUUUCAUUCAUUGUAGUGUACUGGAGCGGCCUGCUAGAAGUCGACUUCUACUGGACUAUCGGGGGACCCCCUCAAAUUAAUUGUUAACGAUGGUAAUUGGAGGAACCAGCCGGUGUGGAGAAUUCCUUGUUCAUUUCUGUUUACUGCAUGCAACUCUCCCCCUUUCUUGUCUCUAUUCCUCUCGUCCUUAUUGCUUGAUUUGGUGUUGUUCGGCGUACCAUUGAUUUUCUUGAUAUCGCUUUCUAUCUAUUUGUUCUAUUCUUUCGGAGGUGGAAAAGAGGAGGGGGCCGCCGAAUAAGGUGGGCGGACGUCUCUUAAAAAAAUCCUUUCUACUUAUGAUAUUAUUUCUGGUGAAAAAAAUAGGUUCCGGGGUGUCAUUCAUGGUUUGCCACUUGUUUUGUUUUUUCGACCAUUUUGGUUCCAUUUCCCAUUUCCCAUUUCCCAUUUCAUCUUUCUUUUUCCCCUUUCUUAAAAAAGAAAGGGAACAGUUUCUCUCUACGAUGCGAUUUUGUAACUGGGGGCGUUCUUUUCUCAUUUUUCUUCCUUCCUCUUCAUUUUCUCCUUUUUCGUGCUCUAUCCCACUCUCCCCGAUCCGUCCUGCUUCCUUCAUCUUUUAAGCUUUAUGUUUUAGUAUUCUUGCUCCGGCAGGAACCUGGUUGGAGAAUAUUUACCAGCAAUUGGGAAAGAUAUAAUUUCAACAAAUAAAAAGGAAUUGUUCGCGC